AUGGAGAACUUCCAAAAAGUGGAAAAGAUCGGAGAGGGAACGUACGGAGUUGUGUACAAAGCCAAAAACAAGUUGACGGGAGAAGUGGUGGCGCUUAAAAAAAUCCGCCUGGACACUGAGACAGAGGGUGUACCCAGUACUGCCAUACGAGAAAUCUCUCUGCUUAAGGAGCUUAAUCACCCUAAUAUUGUCAAGCUGCUGGAUGUCAUCCACACAGAAAACAAACUCUACCUGGUUUUUGAGUUUCUGCACCAGGAUCUCAAGAAAUUCAUGGAUGCCUCUACGCUCACUGGCAUCCCUCUUCCACUCAUAAAGAGCUACUUGUUCCAGCUGCUCCAGGGCCUAGCUUUCUGCCACUCUCAUCGGGUCCUGCACCGAGACCUUAAACCUCAGAAUCUGCUUAUCAACGCCGAUGGGUCCAUCAAGCUAGCAGACUUUGGACUAGCCAGAGCUUUUGGGGUCCCUGUUCGUACUUACACCCACGAGGUGGUGACUCUGUGGUACCGAGCACCGGAAAUCCUUCUGGGCUGCAAAUACUACUCCACAGCAGUGGACAUAUGGAGCCUCGGCUGCAUCUUUGCUGAGAUGGUGACCCGCCGGGCCCUAUUCCCCGGAGAUUCUGAGAUCGACCAACUCUUCCGGAUCUUUCGGACCCUGGGAACCCCAGAUGAGGUGGUUUGGCCAGGAGUUACUUCUAUGCCGGAUUAUAAGCCAAGUUUCCCCAAGUGGGCCAGGCAGGAUUUUAGCAAAGUGGUGCCUCCCCUGGAUGAAGAUGGACGGAGCUUGUUAUCGCAAAUGCUGCACUACGACCCUAACAAGCGGAUUUCAGCCAAGGCAGCUCUGGCUCAUCCUUUCUUCCAAGAUGUGACCAAGCCAGUACCUCACCUUCGACUCUGA